CAUUAAUAAAUGCAUGUUUCUUAAUUUGCAGUGGAGCUUAAACUUGGCAUCAAGCCAAAAUCCUCCUAAAUGAGUCAGGAAAUUAAUGAAGUUGAGAUGGACGUUAAGGCCCCUCCUCCAUCACCCCCGGCGGCCCCGUUAGAAAAUGAGCCAAACCCCAGUGACCCCACAGUCACUCCUUUGCCAAAGCCCCGCCCAAAACCCCCUGGGCCGCACCCACCAGCUCCAUCAAUCCAGAAAACCACACCCACUUCUUCCACCUCUCCCUCCAUUCGAACAGAUCUGGCGUCCACACUAACACCCCCGACUCUGACCUCUGACCCCUCCAACCCUCCUCAUCCCCCCAGUCUGGCGCCCCCUACUGGUCAUGCGUCUCGUGGGCCGGUGCGCAGGAGUUUUGCGGCGGUGGCAAAGCAGGUGGUGCUGGAGGGCCGGUUGAGGAAAGAACAGGCCAAGGCCCAGGAGGAAGAGGAUGAACCUGAUGAAGAUCUGACAUUUGAGGAGCUGCUAGAGAAAGCUAAUGGAGGAGAUCCUAAAGCACAGAGCAAUUUGGGUAAACAUUAUCUGAAGCUGGCUCUCGAGUCAGAUGCCGAUGUUAACAACCGCCAGGCUGUGGAGUGGCUGCUGCGGGCGGCAAAACAGGGUCGCAGAGAUGCAGCUCGACUUCUCCAGCGCUGCUGGAUUCAGAAGAAAGGUAUAACUCCGGAGACUGAAGCAGAGGUGCGGAGGCUGUCAACAGAGAGCAAGUUUGAGCAGGCGGUCCGACGGGCAGCGAUGAUGAUGUACUGGAAACUGAAUCCGGACAAGAAGCAGAAAGUGACGAUGUCUGAAAUGCUGGAGAAUGUUGGUCAGGUCAACGCUGGGCCAGGUGCUGUAAGCUGCGGAAUGCCCAACGUCCAGAUACAGAAGAAGAUGCUGGAAAACAUGGUAGCCAGUGAAUCCUCUCAGUAUGUAGACGCCGAGGGGUUUGUGGAAAUGACUAAAAACUAUGCUCAGGGCAUCACCCCUUCCACCGCAGGGGCAAAAAACGGUUCAGUCCAAAACAGCCUGGAGAGCCGGCCUUCAGCUUCAGCACAACUGGACCAGGAGCAGAAGGGAGUGUCCCCCAUCUCUCACAAGCGCAUACUAAAGACCAGUUGGGGGAUGAGGGGCACUGGGAUGAUGCUGGACACCAAACGCAGCGGCGCCAUGAAGAGAGCCAUAGACAUCAAAGCCCACUUUCUGGGUCUGCAGUACCCCCUGCACCUGAUCCUGGAGAUGAAGGAGCAUUUGGUGGACUGGGCGUCUCGUGCGGGUGUUCAGUGGCUCAGCACCAUCAUCCCCACUCAGCACGUUAACGCUCUGAUCUUCUUCUUCAUCAUCUCCAACCUGAGUGUUGACCUGUUUGCCUUCAUCAUCCCGUUGCUUGUCUUCUACCUGGCCUUCAUCUCCAUGGGCAUCUGCACCCUCAGAGUGUUCCGCAGCAGUAAAGGCUGGGAGAACUUCAGUGCACUGACCGCUUUGCUGACCCGCUUCGAGCCCGGGCUGGACGUGGAGCAGGCCGAGACGCACUUCGGCUGGAAUAAUCUGGAGCAGUAUGUGUACUUCCUGGUGUCUGUGUGCUUUGUGAUCUUCAGCUUUCCCGUGGCGGAUAAGCGCUGGAUCCCCUGCUCCGAGCUGUCCACGGUGGCCAUAUUCUUCACGGCUCUGAGCUACGUGUCCCUCAGCCCAUCUGCAGCAGCAUAUGCACGCAGGGCGCUAGUCAUUGAGGUGGCUUCCUCGCUCUGUGCACUGACCACUCGCUUGCCCUCAGAAAUGGCCCUGAAGGUCUUGGGCCAAACCUUCUCUGUGGUGCCGUUGGGAGAGAGCGUGGUGCUAACGCUCAGCCUGCCGUGUCUGCUCUAUGUCUACCUGUUCUACCUGUUCUUCAGAAUGGCAUGCAUGCGCGGCUUCAAGGGUACCUACUGCUUCCUGGUGCCGUACCUGGUGUGCUUCAUGUGGUGGGAGUUCUCUGUGGUUCUGCUGCAGAAUUCCACCCCUAUCGGCCUCAUCCGCACCUGCGUCGCCUACUUUCUACUCCUGUUCGCCCUGCCUGUUUUGGCCCUGGGCCUGGCCGUCAUGCUGCUGAUCCAGAUGGCAAAGUGGUUCCUCGAGCUGGAGCUCACCAAGAUGCUGGUGACUCUGGCGGUUUGCGCUGUUCCCGUCAUGCUGAGACUCUGGACGCGAUUCAGCCUGUCCAUCCUCACAAUUCUGCACUCCAUCACCCACCGUGGCCCCGUGAAGCUCAUCCUACUGUGCCUCACCACUUUGGUGCUGCUGUGCGCCACAUACGUCUACAACACUGAGGGGAUGAAGGUGUACAACUCCACUCUCACCUGGCAGGAGUACGGGACGCUCUGUGGGCCACCGGCGUGGACCAGACAGGGUAUGGCUCAGACCCAGCUCUUCUGCAGCCACCUGGAAGGCCAUCGGGUCACCUGGACCGGAAAGUUCCGCCACGUCCGUGUGGCAGAGACAGAAAACGGAGCUCAGUCAGUCAUUAACCUGCUGCCAGUGUUUAUGGGAGACUGGCUGAGGUGUCUCUAUGGAGAGGUGUAUCCCAGCUGCGAGCCAAAGAACACUAGCACACCUGUGCAGAACACCAGCACUUAUGUGCAGGACCCCAUAGCUGUAAAUGCCUCGGUUCUCCUCCUGCAGCAGGAAGAGGAAUGGCUCUGCCACAUCAAAUCUGUAGCCAGACACCAGUGCCACGUCAAACGCUUCGAUAGUUACCGCUUUGAAGUGACCAUUGGCCGGCUGGUGAAUGGGGUCACAGAAAAGGAUGACCCCGCCGGUGACAUCAUCCUUUCUGCAAGCCAUGAGUUUAAGCAGGUCCUCCUGAACCUGGAACCUGGCAGCAUGGUGGAGUUCUGCAUAAAGCUGGAGGGGAAACUGGGGGCUAAGCUGCCCGUGUUUGAGCUGAAGGCCAUCCACUGCCUAGCCUGCAAAUCCUCACUGCUGCCGGAGGGACGGCAGGUCAAAAUUGAACGCAACUGGAGGAAGAGUGCUCAGGGAGCCAUGAAAUUCGCCUUUGACUUCUUCUUCUCCCCUUUCCUCUCAGCCAGGAUCAGUGUGUGAUGGACAGAGGGACAGCGAUGGAGGGAGAUGUAUAGAGAGGUGGAGAGAGACGAGCAGAGUUGUUUCUAAAUGUUUGAGAUCACUGAGCACUAUCGUAUUUGGAGUUCUGACUGGUGGAGAGAAAAAACAAUGGACAAAUAAACCUCCAAAGUAGGUGCUGGAGACAAAACAGUC